AUGCCCUGGUACACAUCCUGGAUUCCAGGUCUCCCCACCAUCAACUUCCCUGUGCCGACCGCAAUCCAAGGCCGGUUCAUCUCAUUCGUUCUGAAGAAGACACUCGGACAUCUACUCAAGCCCGGGCAACUUGACCACAACCAGAUUGACUCGCAAAUCGGUUCAGGAUAUGUGCAAAUCAACGACCUCGAGCUGCAUCCCGAGGCCAUCAAUACCUAUCUAGAAGGCCUCCCUUUAUCACUGCAGGAAGGAACCAUAUCUUCUGUCAAAGCUCGGAUUCCAUGGCCUAAUCCUUUAGCUUCGACACUCGCGUCGGAACUCCCUCGAAAACCUGAAGUUGAUAUCGCAGAUUCUGUUGCUUCUGUCGCGGAGUCUUUCAUCCACGAAGAACUGUCCCCAAAGGAAGAGGCCAUCCUGUGGCAGUCAAUCCAUCGAGAGGAUUCAUCGCCUGCGGAUAUUCACGAUAAUCGAGCCAUCCCAGGUGGCCUGGAAGCAUCCUCGAUGGGUGGUUAUGAAACCCACACGCUUGAUUCGGACCCGGCUGGUGUGUCUGUUUUUGCAGGUUUAAUCGAACAUCUUCUUGCAAGAUUCGAAUUCGAUGUGCAAGACAUCAAGGUUACUUUGAUCCAUCCUGACAAUAUGUGCCUAACCUUGUCGUUGGACGAAAUUCGAUACCACACUACCUCAAAUAGCACACCCUCUGCUAAUUCAUCGUCGGAGAGCACCAACGGAGAAAGCCGUGUCAUAUCGCUCAAUACUUUGUCGGUUUCUGGCAAGAACCUGUUCUCAAGCGCAGUUGGUUCCUUCGCAACGGGCUCUCCGGCUCACUGUGGAUCCUUCAGCACGAUGACCUCGAGACCACUAUCUCGGGCAUCGUCCCAUUCAUCCCUAGAUGAAGAUGCUCAAUUCGCUAUGUCCCAGUCCUUAGCAAACCUACCAUCUCGACCAGACUCGCCACUCAGUUCAGUCUCCGAGAGCAUGUAUGAAAGCGCAAUUUCUACCGCACCUCCCCCUCAGGCAAUGGAUUCUUUCUCAAGCACGCCGGUCCUAGAUACCCCCUCCAUCCAGCCAUGUCGCCCUUUAGAGCCAAGUGCAGGUAUGAAUGAGCAGCCUGUGAAUGCCGAGGAGAACUUACUCUCGUUUGGUCCUCAUCCAAUAACAAUAACACUCGCCACACCGUCUCCAGGAUCAUACACGGAUGACAACCCUUUCGUAAACCCAGGUAGCCAUUCUUCCGUCUCCAUGACAGACGAAUUGCAGAUUGCAUUGUCCACCAACGUAAUUGCUGCCGCCUUCCAGCCGUGGCAUAUACAAGGGUUGUUACGCUUGGUGAAAGCGAUGACGCCCGGCCAUGCUCCAACACCCGAGCCCUCAAGGCCUUCGAGAGCCAAUUAUUUUCCACCUUUCAGGGCCACUGCACAACUUCGUGGCAUCGUCCUCCAGCUCCUCUCCGGUGCACCUGAAAUCUCAGACGAUGUUCAUGCAGCUCUCAGUAGCUUCUUCCAACACCCUCUCGUACCGCCUAAUCUUCAUCCUGGUUACACUAGAAUCCAUCUAGACUCAUUAUAUGCAUCCUUGUCCUCGUCGCGCCAAGCACCGGACAAGUCUCAUAAAUCGACCUCGAGAAACCGCAAGAGUGGGCCAUCACAUACCUCGCUUGAUUUCAGGAUAUCCGAUCUUUCAAUAAUUUCUUUCAUUCGAGAUCCCAAGGCUACUGAGUCCCCCGAACUACUCGCCUUUCCUAUUCUUGCGUCGGAUCCGUAUCUGGUUUCUCAGUACUCAGAUCGUCAUGUCCAACCACGAAGCGGCGCGACUUACCCAACCUUUCCUUCGUUCCCUGUUACAGAUUGGACAGAACGGAAGGACUGCCAUCUGUGGACCCGACUAUCAUAUUGGCGAUGCAAGCCACCUCGACCUGGUGCUGAGCUUCCCUCGAAUCCAUUCCUACGCAUUUCUGGCAAUCGUUUGGUGACGCCCAAGAAAGACAAGAAGGGAAAUACCUCGACUUCUGAUAGUCUAGAGGUUCACGUCAGCCCGCUUCAGCUUCGAGCUGACUUCGAACUUAUGCUGCAGCCUGGUGGCCCUCUAUCAUUCCUAGAAGAACUGAUGCACCUUGAGCCAUAUUUCAGCGAUAAGGACUCAGUCGUCUCUGAUGUAACAGUAGAUGAAUACUCCUCCUCAAGUAGAAAAGGAAAACGUCCAAUACGAGAAGAGGAGUAUGAUGACUCACCGUUUGGCGAUCCUUCCUCAUUCGACACGCCGACCAAAUUGCCCGAGGGGCAAUGUAAAACCGAGGAGCAGGAAGACCAUUCAUCCAGAAUUAUUGUCAAGUCACCUAUUGUUAGACUAUAUAUGAGCUGUCCUCCUCCUUCACAAUACGACCGCAGAUCUGGAAUCAUCGUCGUGGGUCUCCAUGAUAUCAACGUAGACCUUGGGCCGCCACUCGCUCCGACAAAUCCUCCCGUGAGGUUCUCUACUGAGGAGCCUUCCCAGGUGCCCGACAUCGACAUUUCCGAUGAAUCAGUGGUGCUGAAAGUGGGAUUCCGCCGGGCGGUUGUCGGAUGUUCCAUGGUUGGGUCAACUAUGGCGAAGAUAUUCGCUUCGGUAGGGCCUCUGGUGGAUGAAGACUUCGCUGAAAAGCAUACCUCUUUCGACCAGUCUCCUCCACCACUACGUCCGUGUAUCCGCGUCAUAAAUCCGCCUGCAAGAGGACCAAAUGCACCUUCCAUCACGGUAUUGAGCGUUGAUAUCCCCUCUAUGCAUGUCGACAUCUCGAAAGCUCAGUUCGAUGCUUUACAGUACUGGGUGGAUGACGUCACGCAAUUGUUGGAUCGCCUCUCAGGCAAAGUGUCCGAGGAAACAGAGCCGGUCGACAGCAGAGACACCAGCCUUAUCGGCAGCCGCUUCUUUGCGAAGUCACGGUCUGGCAGUGGCCUAAGUAAUAGCACGAAAGAGGGCGCUGAAUCAGUCGUGAAAUUGGCUGUAACAGAGAGUUUCAUUAAUGUAGCAGUUCCUCGGUCAGACGGCGUCGGAGGCGAAGUACGACCGUUCCAGAUACAAGCCUCCGAUUUAGACGUCUUGCUUGAACUCAACCCCGACAACAAGCAACAGACGAUCGUCACUCUUGGUGUUAUGCAUAUAUCUGUCAAGAACACGCCACAUGAAGGUCUUCCACAGACGUUCCUCGAUCUUACAUCCGCUCCAUCAUUAUCUACUGCGCCGAAGUCCAUCCUCAAGCUUCGUUUCUCCUCCUCGAUUAUCCCGGAGACGAACACGAAAGAAACCCGAAUCAAGCUAACUCUAUGUGGAUUCACGUACCGGUUCUUCCCGGACACAACUUGGAUAUCCGACCUUGCCUCGUUUGCCAAAAAUCCACCGGGCACAUUUGAAUCGGUUAUUCCCAGCGAUCGUACGCGGGUAUCUGUGAAGGCCAUCGAUGGUUCCAUUUGCGUCUUUGCCCCCAGGCAUCCCGGAGCAUUGGUAUUAUACCUGCGAGAGCUGGAAUUCUCGACAGAUGUUGUGGGUGGCGCACGCGGAUCUUCCUUUCAGGUCAAUGCCCCAGGGUUUUCGCUCCUCGCGUUGGAUGAUGUUGGUCAACAGGAAAGCGCUACAGACUCUAGUCGAUCUCUGCGUGGUAUCACGGCUUGGACUUCAACCGGUUAUGCCCUGAUCUCCGACGUUUCAAGUCUUGACUUGAUCGUCACGCACCAACUCGACUCAACGCCCUCUUGGAAGGUCGACAUCAACACUAUUGAGCUCCACCUACAUCUUUGCGCAGACACGAUGGCCAGCGUGUCAGCGUUUAUUCAGGACCUAGGGUCUUUGAAUGAGAGUACAGAUGAAACGCCUAAGGCUUCAACGAAGGCGCCUGCAGUCGUCAAUCCACCUCCGAGGGAAGGAAGAACAAUUAUGUCGUCAGUUGAAGACCUCAGGUUCACGAGACCUCCUGAGAUCGGGCACGCUCCAGACAUGAUAUACGAUGACCUGCCGACCAACCCUGAUUAUCUUGACGAAUCCUUUGGAGCAGCAGCAGGCCUUCGAGAGAUUCUGGACGAAGAUCUGGAUGAUUUUGACGAUCAAGAUAUCAGGUAUCCAACAGGUGUCAGCGAUCCGAGUACCAUUUCCAAUAUUGGAGGAGAAACUGUCAAGGUUUUCGAUGCUCAAGGUCUGAAAGUUAUUGAAGACUAUUUCUUAACCAUCCCGCCAGAUACAUCAACUCGACCCUCUGACCUGGGUGAAUCAAGAACUAGCGUUCGAAUCCUCGACGGAAACUUCAAUCUCUUCCUGUAUGAUGGCUACGACUGGGCCAAGACCAGAAAGACCAUCGAGGAAGAGGUGAAAGAGAUGCGCAAGCGGCUUGCCAAAAUCAGGCAGUUGGUCGCUAAUGGACAUAUGCAAGACCCUUCUUUCGAGGACACAAACGCUGUUCUCUUUAAUUCCAUUCAUAUCGGACUUGAAGAGGACGAGGAUGCCUUGGGAGAGCCAGCCACUCUGAUCGCAGCUAUCGAUAGGGAGUUGAAGGACGACACCGAAACCGCAUCCUGGCAAUCAUUCCCGGCCUUCAGUGCUGGCAAACCGCGUGCUCCUUCAGUGAAAGUUCACGGGAAGCGCCUAAGUCGAGCGAAGUCGUCGAGUAUGGAGUUCUGCCUUUCUGGAAUCUGUGCAGAAUUCGAUCAGUAUCAGCCAAAUGAUCCUCUGGUUUCUCGUACAUUUGUGACGAUACGGGACCUAGAAAUCUUGGACCAUAUCAAGACCUCGACAUGGAAGAAAUUCUUGACUGAGUUGAGGUCAGAUUCUCGCGGCAAUAUACGAGAAACGGAUUCCAACAUGGUGCGCAUCGAACUUCGCGGUGUUCGACCCGUCCCAGGACACUCUUCCGAAGAGGCCAGGCUCAAGGCCAAGAUUCUUCCCUUAAGGUUGUAUGUAGACCAAGAUGCUGUAGACUUCCUAAAGAAGUUUUUCAGUUUCAAGGACCCCCACGUUGCUCCGGGUCCAGAGCCGCAGUCUGAUGAAGGAGAGGCGUAUAUUCAACUUGCGGAGAUCUUCCCAAUCGAUUUGAAACUGGAUUACAAGCCUCGUCGGGUCGAUUACCGGGCCUUGAAGGAAGGGCGGACAAUUGAACUCAUGAAUUUCUUCCACUUCGAUGGAGCCGAGAUGACACUGCGCCACAUCACAUUAGCCGGUGUUACUGGAUGGGGCAAAAUGUUCGAAAUGCUCAACGAUCUUUGGACGCCAGAUGUCAAAGCAACACAACUCGUCGAAGUUAUUUCUGGCGUCGCUCCUAUUCGCUCAAUGGUCAAUGUCGGUUCUGGAGUAGCUGAUCUCGUCCUAUUGCCGAUUGCACAGUACAAGAAGGACGGAAGGAUAGUCCGUGGGGUACAGAAAGGCGCUACCGCUUUCGUCAAAUCCACCGCGAUCGAAGCGGUUAAGAUGGGUGCGAAAUUGGCGACGGGGACACAAGUCAUCUUGGAGCAAGCAGAAGGUGUACUCGGCGGACAGUUCACGGCUCCAAUCACAACUGAGACGGUUCAAGUGUUAUCUGGAGACGAUCUCACAUUCGAGAACGAGGAAGAAGACGAAGGAGCAGACUUGAUAUCCAGAUACGCUCAACAGCCCGUCGAUAUCAGAGAGGGAAUGCAGUCUGCGUACAGGAGCCUGCAAAGAAACCUCAGCUCCGCUGCUCAGACGAUCCUUGCUGUGCCCAUGGAAGUAUACGAACGAUCAGGGAAUGAGGGCGCUGUUCGUUCCGUUAUUCGGGCUGUGCCGAUCGCCGUCUUGAAGCCCAUGAUAGGCGCAAGUGAAGCUGCCAGCAAGGCCCUUCAAGGUCUUCACAAUACGCUGGACCCGAACGUCCGAUACGAGAACGAGGCCAAGUAUAAACUUCGAUAA